AGUGGCGAGGCAGGCAACUGCCGCUCUUGCAAGUAAACUGCGAGCUUCAAUUCGUUUCUUCUUUACUUCCCAACCUAUACAUACAUCCACUUGUACCUAUAGAAGAGGUACGCGGCGGUUGUACAGAGCACAUAAUCAAGUGCAUGUCGGAGAGAGACCUCCGGAGAAGGAUUCCGGUGAGCCGGAUUGUUAGAAGCAGAGCAUCGCAUCGAUCGUCGCUGUCGCCGUCACCGUCACCGUUAGGUCAUCGGAGAAGUAGGCCUGUGCCUGUGCCUUUGCCUGUGCGACGCCGAUCAUCGAAGCAGCCGCUGAUUAGGGCCUUGAAACGAUGCGGAUCGGAGCCGACUCUCCGGCCUUCUGGCGCCUCCGCUCCGGACGACGGUGGCUGGAGCCUGACGCCGCCGCAGGAGGAGGUGCUUUUCCGUCCGCAGACUUGUACGGAUAUAUUCUCCACUCCGGACUAUUUCGUGAAGAUAUCUCCGACGAAUCGCCAUUUCCCGGGGUACAACAAGGAGUCGAAGGUGGUGGUUAAUGUGACAUUUGAAGGAUGUCCUGGUCCUGUCCGCACCAUGGUGAAGUUAGGAACAAGUGUGGACGAAACCAUUCGUCUUGCCAUUAACAAAUACAGUGAAGAAGGUCGCAGUCCUCAUCUCAAUACCAAUGGUGUCUCAUCCUUUGACUUGUACCACUCCUACUUCAGUCUUCAAAGCCUGAGUAAAUCGGAGUUGAUAGGUGAUGUCGGCAGCAGAAGCUUUUAUCUCCGGAAGAGCAGCAGUAAAAAUAUGAUGAGAGGAGAGGUAUCCACAACCACAACCCCUCUCAAUUCAGACUGUGAUGAUGUUUCCAAUUCCCUUGCUGAAUUCUUCUCUAGAAAGAUCAACAAAAUGUUAAGAAGAUCUGGUAAGCUCUGCCAUUUCUUUGGGUGCUUCCAGUGCUCAGGAUAAACUAUAAACCCAUUAGCCAUACGGCCAUACCCUUUAGCUUUUUUACUGUACUGGAGCCUGGAGGGAGUAGCAUGGUAGUUUCAGAUCACUGCUACUGUGCUGAUUAUAAAUUUUAUAUAUAUGCUUGGGUUUGCUUUCCAUAAAAAAAUUGAAAAAUUUCCCCUUUUUUAUUUGGGAGUUGGGAAAUUCUUUAAAUACAAGUUCCCCACCCUCUGUAUGUAUCCAUUAUAAGUUGUUGAUAAUUGUAGAUUUAUACAAAUUAAACAUGUACGUGUAUGCAUGUGAUCCAUAUUAUCAAGUUUUUGAAUGUUCAGCUAAAUUUCAAGUUC